GUCGAGCCGCGAGCAUCGGGGAACCAACCCUCCACUGCGAAUCCCCCGUAUUCUUUCGUCUCAUUUUUCGAUCGUGCGGGGGACUCGCAGCUAUCGGCCGGUCACGUGUCUAUUCAUACCCUCGUUGCACGCUUAAAAGCGGAAGUGCAGCCAACCAAGUGUGACCAACCCCUCUACCGUAUUGAUAUCGGUCAUGUAAUUUGCGACUGGGACUAAUUAACGACACUAGUUAUUUCUGUCCGAAUUUCUCUUCUUUUUGCUCUUUUCCCUUCUUUUUCUUUCUCAACAAAAAGGAUCGUGGAAACGGUUUUCGACCAAAACAGCUCCCCGUAAAAUAUAAAAAUGAACCGUUUUUCGAUACGAUGCGUCGGAUGACGGAUCGAUCGAUCGAUCGAUCGAUCGUUCGUUCGUUCGUUCGUUCGUUCGUUCGUUCGUUCGUUCGAGUUACGAUGGAGAACCGAAUCGAUUUGUGAUUAUACGAGGGAAUACAGACGUCCCUCUGCCAGUGACGCGUGUAACGUCGUUGGAAUUUCCAAACAAGGAAGCUUGAUACGAACAAUUUUUUCUUUCUUUCUCGAAAUCGUCGAUUCGAACGUAGGUUUCAGUGAGAUGUGAGCCCAGGAUGGAACUGAAGAUCAGUAUAUUGCUUCUGGCGCUUCUCCGCCUUGCCAACACACUCGAAAACACAAAGGAGGAUGAUGACUCCGAGGAAGAAGACGAGGAAAAUUAUCCAGUGGAUGACUACGACUAUGGUGACUAUGAAACCGCGACCAUAAUCAGCGACACCGGUCUUAUCGUUGGUGGCUCUCUGCCAAUCUUCUUGGCGGAACCCGUCGACGCGUACGUUGUCAAGGGAAAACCGGCAACUUUACAUUGCCGCGCGGCACAUGCUCUUCAGGUGUAUUUUCGCUGUAACGGUGACCGGGCUGAGCGGUCGCAGCACCAGGAUUUUGUCGACCCUCGUACCGGAACGAGGGUCGUCGAGGUCGAGCUCAACGUGACGAGGAACGAGGUCGAGGAGUACUUUGGUAGGGAGAGGUUCAAGUGUGAAUGCGUAGCAUGGUCGGGACCAGGCCAGAUUCGAGGGCAGCCCGCCACGGUUGAAGUCGCUUACCUCAAGAAGCACUUUUUGUCGCCACCGUACUCGUUGUCGGUCGAGGUUGGUCGCAACGCGGAACUACGUUGCACACCACCUCUAGGAGUGCCACAGCCCAAGGUCUAUUGGCUUAAAAACGGUUCUCCUCUCGAGACGAUUUCCGGCUCGUCUGCUCAACCUUUACCCGUUCCGGACACCAUCCCCAACGAGGUAUCGUCCACUGGCAGUUACGCGCAGACCGUCGACGGACACCUGAUACUGGAGUUGGCCGAACUUAAACACCAAGGGAAUUACUCAUGCGUGGCAGAGAACAUUGCUGCGAGACGGGUCAGCGAACCGGCUGUGUUGACGGUUUACGUAAACGGCGGGUGGUCUUCCUGGUCCGGAUGGUCGGAUUGCAGCACCCGAUGUGGUCGAGGUGUACAAAAGAGAACACGAACGUGCACGAACCCAGUACCCAUAAACGGAGGUCAAACCUGUCCAGGGCCAGCCACGCAAAGGGUCGAAUGCAAUCCUUCGUGUCCUGCGGUUGACGGCAGAUGGUCGAGCUGGUCCUCGUGGUCCGCAUGCGGUCUCGAUUGUGUCAGAGCGAGGAGACGGUCCUGCAACGACCCCCCGGCGAGCAAUGGAGGUCAGCCCUGUCAAGGCAAGGAUGUCAUCGUCGAGUCUUGUUCCGCGGAUCGAUGUAACGCUCUCGGACAAGACGAACCUCGAGUGUUCAAGGAAGCUAGAGCGAUCGAUCAUAGAAAUAUAUUGGCUCUGUGGAUCACUCUGAGUUUAGCGGCGAUCGUUCUGGCGUUAACGACCAUCUUCUUCGUGCGACUAAUGCGCCGGAAGGAAAGGAUGGAGGCUCUGUAUGGUGUCGCGAGAUUAGACUAUCGUCGAGCAGGUGACCUGACAAAAUCGGUAGCCUCGAAAACCGACCGAUCGGCCCUUUCCGUCGACAAGCGUCUAGAAAAGAUGAUGGACGAGUCGAACGCAACCAGAAUGCCUAGGUCGUGCUCGGAACAUCACUACGACGUACCACAGCUCUCGUUGCCUUCUACGACCAGGCCAUCGCCCAGUUCUUCCGUGACCAGAUCCUCUUGUAAGAACUCCCAGCGUGCUCGAGGGUUGUCCGAUAACGAAGAAAGUCGCUCGUCUCGUUCCACGUGUCAGGGGAACCCGGAGAGUAGUAACGAGGACGACGCCGACGACGCCGACAACGACGACGACGACAACGACGACGACGACGACGACGACGACGACGACGACGAGGACGACGACGAGGACGACAACGACGACGACGGUGAUCAGGACAACGAUAUACCAGGAGUGGAGGAGAAAAAUCGCGAAGAUGCGGGCGGCUUCAUCGUGAGAGCGAUAGUCGACGAGCAAGGUAUUCUUUUGGUAGUCCCCGAGGUUGGAGUUUCCAUGUCUGUUCCGGAAGGUGCGAUUCCCCGAGGUCGGCGGCAUAGCUUGCAUCUUGCCGUCCUUGGAGACGACUGUUUGAGGCCAGGUCUACCGCCCGGAUUGACUCUGCUGUCAGCGGUGGUUGCCUGCGGACCGAACGGCAUCGAUUUGGCGAAACCUCUGAUUCUUCAGUUCGAGCACUGCGCAGAGCUCAGGACAGGUAACUGGGAGCUGAGCCUCUGGUCCACGGACCUAGAUCUGGAGACUCGUUCCAACGACUCGACUACUUCGUCUACAAAUAGCAAUGUCACCUCUGCGAUGACGUGGCGCAAGAUUCUGACGCUAGGCGGUGAACCAAUGAACCUUCCCGGACAGCCAUUCGCGCAACUCGAUCACUCGGGAGUGUUCCUGGCUACGGAAACACCCAGCGUUUACGCGGUAGCCGGAGAAAAUUCUGCCGUGGCACCAGGACUGGCCGUAAAAAGAAUUUGCGUGGCAGUCUUCUUGUCUCGUGACCGGGAUCGCAUCAGGUGUUACGCGAUGGAGAACACGAAAGCGGCGUUCAAGCUUUUGAUGGAACAGGAGCGUCGAUUAGGCGGGACACAUAUCGACCAUGGAGUCCUAGGCUUCAGAGCGGGCAAUGCACCGCUUCGAAUCGACCUAGAAGACAGAGAAAGCGGAUUCGUCGAACGUCAGGAGGUAUCUCAUCGGCGAAUUUGGUCGUCUUCGAGAACGAGUAUACGCCGGUCGUUUGGAAUCGAGAAAACUGUCGGUGAAACGAGACUCAGCUUCGAGCUACGAGCUUGUCAGUGUAGUUUCGAAGAGCACGCGCUAUUUCUUAGGAUCGAUCUGGAUUUGACAAAGAGAAGCGGACCUAGCGGAAAAAGAGCUACGAAAACAGAAUCUUCGGUCGUUUUACGUGGGAAGAAUUCGAUCGGAACGACGGAAUUUGUUGUUCCGAGACCAUUCAGAUUUUCGAAGACGUUGAGGAAACAGCUUUGCCAGUGUCUGGAUCCGCCUAACGCUCGAGGAAACGAUUGGAGAAUGCUAGCGCAAAGAUUACAAGUAGAUCGAUACGUUGACUAUUUCGCGACAAAAGCGAGCCCAACGGAGCACAUUCUCGAUCUGUGGGAAGCCAAACACCAGGAAGCCACGGCUCUCGCGGAUCUUUUGAACCAUUUGAGACUGAUGGGACGCGUCGAUGCUGCCAAUGUUCUCGAAAGUCGUCUCGGUCCUUGGAUUUGACCCAUUAAUUUCCACUGCCAAAUAGAAAUCCAUCUUUUACAAUUCUUUUGCAAUUCUUUGUAAAUAACGAGAAAACAAAAUAUACAUAUUACAUUUAAAAAAGAAACGAUCGAUG